GCUAAGCUGUCGUCGGUGGGCAGUAUCAGUGAUGAGGAGACAUGUGAACGCCUGCGAGGACUCAUCCAGAGACAGGUGCAGAUCUGUAAGCGGAGUGUGGAGGUGAUGGAUGCUGUUCGGCGUGGAGCACAGCUAGCAAUAGACGAGUGCCAGUUUCAGUUCCGGAACCGCCGAUGGAACUGCUCCACGCUGGAAACCAUGCCUGUCUUUGGCAAGAUUGUCACACAGGGCACUCGGGAGGCAGCCUUUGUGUAUGCCAUCUCAGCAGCCAGUGUGGCGUUCGCUGUGACCCGGGCCUGCAGCAGCGGAGAGCUGGAGAAAUGUGGCUGCGACCGCAACGUCCAUGGAGUCAGUCCGGAGGGGUUCCAGUGGUCAGGUUGUAGUGAUAACAUAGCAUACGGAGUGGCCUUCUCUCAGUCCUUCAUUGACGUAAGGGAGAGGAGUAAAGGACAGUCCCCCAGCAAAGCACUCAUGAACCUACACAACAACGAGGCCGGGAGGAAGGCCAUCCUGAGCCACAUGCGUGUGGAGUGUAAGUGUCAUGGCGUGUCAGGGUCCUGUGAGGUGAAGACCUGCUGGAAGGCCAUGCCCCCAUUCCGCAAGGUGGGCAACGUCAUCAAGGAGAAGUUUGACGGCGCCACAGAGGUGGAGCAGCGCAAGGUGGGCACCACCAAGGUCCUGGUGCCACGGAACUCCCAGUUCAAACCUCACACAGACGAAGACCUGGUCUACCUGGAGCCCAGCCCUGACUUCUGUGACCACGACCCGCGCACACCAGGCAUGCUGGGUACAGCGGGGCGGCAGUGUAACCGGACGUCGAAGGCCAUCGAUGGCUGUGAGCUGAUGUGCUGCGGCCGGGGCUUCCAGACAGAGGAGGUGGAGGUGGUGGACAGGUGCAGCUGUAAGUUCCACUGGUGCUGCUACGUCAAGUGCAAACAGUGCCGCAAGAUGGUGGAGAUGCACACCUGCCGGUGAUCACCAUGGAAACCCCCAAUGGAGACCCAAACAAUUUCCCCACUCUCUCCCUCCUCACCUGCACUUGGGGAGGGAGGGAGAAAGGGAGGGUGGGGGGUGUUUGUGGUUUUCCUCUACCCCCUAUUUCAAAGCCACCCUGAUUCCUUUUACAACAGACCACGGGAACAGCCAGACAGAGACAGCCAAGCAGAGGACAUGUUCAUACAAUGUUCAAGGAACAUCUUACACACGCACAGGAUGUAAAAACUAAA